UUUGGAACAGAAUAUUUGUCCAGAUGUGGUUCAGCUGUGCGCUCUGCACUGCAGCCGACGCAAAGUGGCGCGCCAGACAGCGCAGCCGCAGCAGAACAAGCGCAGACAGACAGCCGCAGCAGCAGCCGCCGCCAUGGCAGACGAGAAGCCCAAGGAGGGAGUGAAGACGGAGAACAAUGAGCACAUCAACCUGAAGGUGGCAGGACAGGAUGGCUCAGUGGUGCAGUUCAAGAUCAAAAGGCACACUCCUCUCAGCAAACUGAUGAAAGCUUAUUGUGAACGGCAGGGGCUGUCGAUGAGGCAAAUACGAUUUCGAUUUGACGGUCAGCCCAUCAAUGAAACAGAUACACCUUCACAGCUCGAAAUGGAGGACGAAGAUACAAUUGAUGUGUUCCAACAGCAAACUGGAGGCUGUCCUCUUUAAAGACUAUUUCCUAAAAACAUCCCUACCUCCCCCUUUUAUCCCUGAACUUCUUUGUUAUACCCAGUCUUCUUCAAAUGCUCAUGACCAGUGCUGAUACCAUCCAGUGGAAUACUUAUUCAAAAUACUCAAAGACCGUAGCACAGUUGGCGUAGUUUAAUCACACUGUCGUUCAUGUGUUAACAUGUCUGAACUGUGCAGUCUAGACAGCUUGUGAGCUGCAGUGAGUCCGAUGAUGUGCCGAAGAAAUUAAAAGCUAAAUAAGAUUUUUUGUUAUUUUGGUUUAUUUUUUUCAUGAUUUGGAAACAACACCUUGGUCCUUGUUUUAUACUUAUGUCAUUGAGGUUUUGAUUAAGAUAAAAUUUUGUCAUUGUUGAGUAAGCCUGUGUUUUAAAUUCACUGACAUCUGUUGUUAUGAAAAUGUAUUAUUGGAAUAAAUUGAGUCUUUUUUUAAAAA